AAAAAAAAACGAACAAAAACAAAAUUCCCAAAAUCCAUUCUCGCCAUUUCUCCCCAUUUCCUUCUCUUCGAAAGAACCUCGCUUUUCUAGUUUUCUGUGUAAUUUUCAGUGUUAGUAAGCUCCAGGCCCCGAGAAUAUGGACACGGAGCUCCGUUGAAAGAGAGAGAAAGAAAGAAACACAGACCCAGAGAGUACUUCUACUAGUAAUUUCAUCCACAAGAGCACCAAAGAUAAAAUCGUCAAAGUAGACGCCGGCGAUGGAUCGGCAACCACACGAUUACGCGGCGGCGUCCGCCAUGGCUUACGCCCAACAACAGCAGCAACAGCAAUCGUUCGGAUACCCUCCGCCGCCGCAGCAACCGUUCCAUGGCCCGUCCGCCGCCGCAGCCGCCGCUCCUCCUUUCCUUCCGCCGCCGCACCCUUCUAUGCCUCCGCCUCCGCAAUUCCCCUACCAUCACCACCACCUACAGCAGCAAGUUAACCCCCACGCGCCGCCGCCUCCUCACCCUCACCUCCUCCAUCACCACCAGCAGCCGCCGCCGAAUUACCCUCCCCACAUGCCGCCCCCGCUCGUCCCUUCGCCUUUCCAUAACUCUUUCGACCCCGCCGCCGCUGGGGCCCCGCCCCCGGUGGCCCCUCCCGCUGACCCCGAGCUCCACAAGCGCAUUGAUAAAUUGGUCGAGUACGCCGCCAAGAACGGGCCCGAAUUCGAGGCCAUGAUCCGAGAAAAGCAGCAGGAUAAUCCCGAGUACAGCUUUCUCUUCGGCGGGGAAGGCCAUGGAUAUUACAGAUACAAGCUCUGGCUAUCCACCAGACCGCCAGGAGGCUCGUUCAAUUCGCCGUUUCCUCCGCCUCCGUCGUCUUCGAUGCACCUGAUGCGUUCCCCGUUGAAUCCGAUGAUCAACGGACCGCCUAUGAUGACCAGCGGACCGCAGAUGCAUCAGCCGCCGUAUUUCUACGAGCAGCAGCAUCCUCAGUUCUACAGUCGACCGGAUUUCGAUCAGGCUUCGAAGCCCUUCAAGGGGCUUUCGGGGCCGCUUCCUUCCGAUGUUGCAAUGGAGCUAAACAAUGUGCUGAUCAGUCUCAAUGGCACCAAGGAGUCCAUCAAAGGGGCGAAGUUUUGGUUCAUGCAGAGGUCGGUUUUCGCUCCGGCUUUGGCCGAGGCGCUCAGAGACCGGGUGUUUGCGGUCGACGAUUCAGAGAGGCAAUUGCACAUUAUAUACCUCGCCAAUGACAUUCUUUUCGAGAGUGUGCACCGAAGAACUGGCGAUGAUCUUGAUAAUGAGGCCCUUGCAUUCAAACCCGUCUUAGGUUCUAUGCUUGCUAGGAUUUUCCAUAACCCUCAAAUUAAGGAAGAAAAUCAGUCAAAGUUACAACAACUUUUACAGUUAUGGGCAUCCAAUAACAUUUAUGAUCAGGAUACUAUCAAUGCGCUUAGAAAUGAAAUGAUUGGUGGACAGUCAGCUAAUUCUUUUGCAGGGCCGCCAAAGGAAUUGACCGGUUUAUCAGCAGAUUCAGCUGCAGGAUUAACACAGCAGACGAACCAUAACUUGGCGCAAUGGCAGCCUGACAGGCUAAGUUCUGUUCCCAGUUUCGGAGAUCAAGAGCAUCUUGAUAAACAUGCGGUGCCUGGUCAAAAUAUGCAGCCUCCGGUUUUUGCCGGCUCCAUGCCCAUACCAGCUUCUGUUCAACCAGUGGGUCCACCGUCUGCACCCCAUUUAUUGCCAGGCCAAACUGCUAAUAACAGUGAAAAAGUGCCACCGUAUCCAUUGUUCCCUCCUGGUCUCAUUCCUGGAAUGGUCAGAAAGAUGCAGAUUGGCAGUGGCGUACCUUACUCUCCCAUGAGCCCGUUGGACAUCCCAACUGUCAUACCUCCAUCCACUGUAUCUCAAUCCGAAAUUCUUGAAAGAGUGUCCAAGUUCUUUAAAGAGAUUGGAGAGGUGAACCCUUCUGAAGGGCCCUUUAAAUCUGAUGGCGGAGACAAUGAUGAGUACGAUAGAGAGUAUGAAAGAGAACCUCCUGUGCGGAAGGGAGGGGCUUGUAUUCCACCGCCUCCAAACCUGCAGGCAGACCCCGAUACUGGGACUUAUGCUGAUGGAAGUGUAGAGCGUAAACCCGGAUUUAAUAGCACCGGAAGGUUGGGACUUGGUGCCACAGCUAAUCCUAACGAGAUAAGUCAAUACGACGAUGUGUAUACUUCUUACAGGAAACAGAGAAGCACCACUUACCAUUCCUCCAUGAGUGCAAAAGCUUCGACGAGAUGAAAACCGGCUCUGAUGAGAGGUGAUGCCAAGUCAAGUUCUUCUCUUUUCUUUGGAACUUUCUUUUGUUAUUUUAUGGACAACUUUAACGUCUUUUUCUGGACUAAUAAAUGAUAAUUAUAAAACUCAA